UGAAAAAAUACAACCCUUCUACUGGCCAGCCUUCGACAGAGUUGUUGUCGCAAGUCUUCAUAGAUUAUCAAGAUCUUCGGCUACCGCGUACAUCCGAGCUGGUGAGGGGGGCUAGACAGCAAGGGGAGGUUCGGGUUAUUGAAGGGAUUGAAGCAUGUAGGGUGAGAAAUGAAAAAAUACGGAUAGGGUCCCGUGAUGAAGCGGCGAGGAAGGCAAUGAGUGAAUUGUUAUCUGGACCGUUUAAGGACAGUGAAGUGUAGUAGCAUUAUCCUAGUACGAACGGGAUUUGCCGCAUAACGCGUGUCACAAUAUUAAUUCGUGUCAGGAGCAGCGACAACAACACAAGCGUGUCCCGUGAUUCCUGCAUAUUUCCACAACGUUAACGCAACCAUGCAUGACCCAUUCGAAGUGAGAAUGCAGUUCCUCGGGCUCAUUCGCAAGCUGAACGCCUCACAACAAUCGAUACAGAAAGUCGUUGCAUUUGCGUUGAAGUACUUUUCGAGAUGCGGGGAGGAUCUGUGGGAGUGCAUUAUUGAAGAGUGUCAGAAGGGUUCCAUCAAUCAUCGCAUAAAUAUUCUUUACUUUCUUGACUCCCUUUGCGAAACAUCGCUACUAGCGAAGGCGCAUCAACUCCCAGAACAGUCGUCUUCAUCAAGUAAGCAAGUCAACAACGCGUUGUAUGUCGACUACGUCUCUCGGGAUCUGACGCAGAUUGUGGAAUGCGUUGUACCUGUGGGUAGGCAAGGGCUACCUAAUCUACCGAGUACCAAACAGAUCUUAGAAAACUGGCGCACAAAACGAAUAAUAGAGCCACAAAAAGUUGACGAAGUCCUCUCUUUGCUCUCUUCUAGAGACUCAGCACCAGAUACGACCUCGACAUCUGUGGCACCUUCAGCGGCUAAAUCAGAGCCCCAUCUCUCUCGCGGCGAAAUAUUCAAGCGCAUCGAAGAGGACCGAGAGCGACAUAAACGCCUUCGAGAACGACGGUGGGUUCAGGCGCAGCCUCACUCUGGCUCUGCAGUCCCGUCUUAUUCGAUGUUCACGCUUGCGAGUUUCUUGCCGCUGAGCGACACAGAAAACGCGGAGCUCGCGCUGGAUAUAGAAUUUGAAAAUGAGUGGGAGGCAACAAGCGAUUGGAAUGAGGACGACGUGGAAGCGACCGCAGAGGAGAGGGAGCUUUGUCAUCCGCAUUUGAAACGGAAGGGAUUUACGAAUGACGAAGACGAAGGAGAGCAAGAGAUGGACAUAGAUCUGUCGUGAUAUAGUACUGUGCUACGCAGUGCAGAGCGUGAGCGAUGCUUCUAGAUUCUGACACUAGAUUCUGAAACAUCACUCCCGUUGUGUCGUUAUGGUCAGUUGUUGUCAGAUGAGUUCACAGUGAUUGAUGUGCAGAAUCACAGUGUCAUGUAUAGCUGGAACGAUAAGUGUCAAUGCGUUUCGAAGAUGCUGGAAGAAGAAACGGCACGUCAUCAGGGAAACACAGAGUGCUACAGAG